AUGACGUCAUUCCCUCCUAGCGCCUUCCAGUCGUCCGUCCCCUUCCUCUCGCUCCUUACCCUCAUCUCCCUCUUGCGCUUGUGUUUUGAGGCGACUCAAAUCGCCCGCCUACGCCAGGCGGAAGCCUACACCGCUCCGCCGCCGAUUCCCGAGGUGUAUGUCGCGGAGGUGGCGGAGGUCGACCGGGAAGCCGUGCGCGCGGUGUUCGCGGCGCUACCCGAGGGUAUCUUAUCCUGGACCGACGGCAGGUCGCAGCUCAAGAUGUUCGACGAACAUGGCAAUGUCACUUACUGCUGCAUUAUGCCCGGAACCACGCCGGUCGGCGAGUCGUGGUGGUCCCACAUCGACCAGUGGUGCCUGCUCGAGUGCACGCCCGCCGGCCGCAUCACGCGCAUCUUCUCCGACCCGAACCGCCAGGACAUGCCCGGGCCCGGCGGGAGCGGAGAAAGCUGCCCGCCCGGCGCGCUGUCGCCCACCAUUGGCGACCUCGCGGAGCUCUCCGCGUUGGUUUUCCGCCACUCUUGCCUCGCCGGCGACUUGCCGGACUCCGUCACGCGCCUCCAGAAGCUGACUGAAAUCGUCAUGCCCGAUAACAACUUCUCCGGGCCCAUUCCGCCAGGCUUCUUCCGCCUGCCCGCGCUCCGCCACGUGGACCUGAGCACACUCAAUGCAUUCCCGGAAUCUCAAAACGACAGAGAGACACUCACUAGACCGGAAAGACUAGUCGGCCUGUCUGGGUCCCUUCCCGACGGGCCCGACGCAUACUCCCCGUCGCUGGAGGAGGUAUUCCUGUACGGCAACGCGCUCUCGGGGGAGCUUCCGCGCGCCCUUCUCCGCGCGCCUGCGCUGCGCUGGUUGGACCUGCAGAGCAACAACAUCACGGGGGAACUCCCGGGGGAGGCGGGCGCAUAUUCGCGGAGCAUUACCGCGCUCAUUCUGAGCAACAACAGCCUGUCCGGCGCCAUUCCGCCCGCGCUGUCGGAGAUGACGGCGCUGCAGAGACUCGACCUGGGGAAGAACCGUCCUUCCGGCGCGGUGCCCGCGGCGCUGCGCGACUCGGAGUCGCUCAAGGCGCUCGAGGAUGUGCGGCUCGACAGCAACGCGCUCACCGGGCCGUUCUGCGACGCGCUGCUGCCGGCGCGCCUGCUCUGGCUGGGCUUCAACGACCUGGGCACCGCGAGCGCCGGGAGCGGCGGCGGCGGAGGUGAGGCGGACGAGGGGGGCUCUCUGCACGGCUGCGUGUUUCCCGCGAAGCUAGAGCUACUCAGCGCGCCGCACGCAGGGCUGCGGGGGAGCGUUCCGCCGGACCUGUUCAUGGCGACGAACGCGCAGUCGGGGCGCGCGCCCUCCAUAGUUGGGAUUAUCCACAUGGACCUGAGCCACAACAGCCUCUCGGGCAGUUUGAAAGCUUUCACAGUGCUACCGGCUUUGUCCAAGUUCGACCUGUCGCACAACAACUUCUCCGGCGGUAUUCCCGAGGCGUUUUUCAGCGGCGGCUUCUCGUGCGCGGACCUGCGGUUUAACGAUCUGUCGGGGCCGCUGUUUGACACGGGCCGGGAGUUGCAGGAUCCGGAUUGGAGUUACGACUGGGACGUGGUGCGCGUGAGCAACAACAGCGCGCGCAUGGCGGGCGCCGUGGGCGCGGGGUACCUCCCCGCGCCGGCGCCUGGCGUGCAGGCGUCCGCUGCGGAGACUGCUGCGCUGCUGGCGGUGCGCGAUGCGCUCCUGGGGGAAGCAGCGGGGGGAGCAGCGGGGGGAGCAGUGGGGGGAGCAGCGGGGGGAAUUGAGUUGGUGAAUGGCAGAGGAAGCUCGUGGGCGGAGAUACUGCGCAGCUGGGACGCGAGCAGCAGCAGCGCGUGUGCGUGGUACGGCGUGGGAUGCACAGCAGACGGACACGUGGACACGCUGCACCUGAUAGGCGCUUCCAACGUCACCCUGCACCCCAACUUCGUCCCGGAAUCGCCCGAAUGCGAGUACGACGAGGAGUCCGGAGUCAAGUCAUGCGCGCCUGUCGUUCCGCCGCCUCCGGACAGCGUGCGCUUCUUCCUGCAGGGCCUGCCUGGCGGGAGUGGCAGCAGCAGUGCAAGUGCGAGUGCGAGGGGGAGUCUGUCGGAGGCGGUGGGGCAGCUGACGCACCUCACCUCUCUACGCAUCUCCGGGCACGCACUCUCCUGCGCCCUACCCCCGCCCCUCUCGCGCCUCUCUCUCCUCGUCGCUCUCGACCUCUCCUCCAACCGCCACCUCUCCGGCUCCAUCCCUCCCGCCCUCUUCGCCCUCCCCUCGCUGCGAGUUCUCUCCCUCCGCGGGAACAACCUCACGGGAGAAGUCCUCCCAUCCACCACUGUAGCAGCAGCAGCGUUGUCGCCGAGCUUGGAGAGUCUAGACGUGGGGGGAAACGCUCUGUCGGGGUCCAUUCCAGCCCAGGUGAGUGCGCUCACGGGGCUGACGCGCCUGGCGCUGGACCACAACCGGCUGGACGGCAGCUUGCCAAGGGAGCUCGGCGCGCUCUGGAUGCUCACAGACCUGCACCUGCAGGGGAACGCCCUCCGGGGUGAUGUCUCUGCACUCGCUGCCGCCUUCCCCCCCCCUCCUGCUGCUGCUGCUGCUGCUGCCAGCGAUGGCAGUACCGCCGACUCUGCUGUCCUGUGGGGUCUGCGCGGGGUGUUCCCGCUUCUGACCCGUGUGAAUUCCCUCCAGGGGGAUAUCGCUGCGCUCGCUGCUGCCCUCCCCACCCCAACUGCUGCUGCUGACGCUGGCAAUACUGUCGCCUCUGCUGCCUCCACUGCGCCUGUCUUGUGGGGUCUCCGCGGGGUGUUUCCGCUGCUGAGCAGUCUGGACAUCAGCAGCAACAAGCUCUCGGGCGACACAGCCAAGCUCUCCCCUCUCCCGCAAUACUUACAAAAACUCAACGUCUCGCACAACCGCCUCACGUGGGGCCCCGGCAGCAACGCCUCCUGGAACGCAUACUACAUGGACCUCUCACACAACUGCAUAAGUUCCCCGCUGCAAAGCUUAUUCUCCAGUGACGGCAUCCAGUCAACGGUGCUGCGUCUGUCGCACAACCAGCUCACGGGUUCAAUUCCUGCCACUUUCAAUGUAUACUCCUUGGAGACCCUCGACCUGUCGUACAACCAGCUGUCCGGCACCAUUCCCGACCUGGAUGACUCCCUGAUAACAUGUGACUUGUCCCACAACCGGCUCUCCGGGAUAGUCCCACCAGCGCCGCCUGCAAUGAUGUAUCUGAACGUGAGCUGGAACCAGCUUGACGGGUUUGCCCGGUGGCAAUAUCAAGAGGGCAGGGAGUUGAAGAGUCUGGACGCGUCUCACAAUGCUAUGGCUGGAAAUUUGCCGGCUUUGGGUUACAGUGAUGGGCUCAUGAGCCUGACCUAUCUGGACCUCUCCUACAAUGCGUUUACUGGCACUCUUGCGCAAAGGACCUACCCGUUUUUGGAGCAAGCGACAGGCUCUCCAGGAAGUGUGGAGCGUGCGUGCGGGGUGGAGGUUCGGCUGGGCCACAAUAGGCUCACCGGAAGCAUCUCCGAUUUCGUCUUCUCCUCGUGCCUAUCGCUGCUCGACCUCUCCCACAACCAGCUCUCUGGCCCCAUCCCAGACCCUCCCCAGGGGAGCAACCAGAGCUCCUCCCUCGUCCCCCUCUCCCACUUGGACCUCUCUUCCAACAAGCUCACAGGAAGCAUCUCCAAUGCUCUUGUCACCGGCCUCACAGUCCUAUCCCUCUUGGAUCUCUCAGACAACCAGCUCUCCAGCUCGCUCCCCUCGUCCCUCUCGCGCUUCACCGCUCUGCACUCCUUGCUAGCGGCGCGCAACCACAUGAGCGGCAGCAUCCCUGCAGGGCUGGCAUCGCUGACGGCCCUGCAGGAGCUGGACGUGUCGUGGAGCGGGCUGUCAGGCACCAUCCCUACGCUGCUGCGUGCUGCUGCCCCCUCCCUGCAAGUGCACCUCGCUGGCAACGCCCUCUCUGGCUCCGUCCCCCCCUCUCUCUCCGACCUGCCCACCUCCUGCUUCCGCCCCGGCAACCCCAAGCUCUGUGGGAAGCCCCUGCCUGACUGCAAGAAGAGGUCCUCCAAGCCCAGGAAGGGCCGGCGCCUUCCAGUCGUCCCUCCCCGUCCCCUCGCGCCUUGCCCUCGUCGCCCUCCUCGCGCUCAUCGCCCUCCUCCGCCAGGCGGAAGCCUACUCCGAGCUGCUAACUUCUCCGGCAGCAUUCUCGAGGCGUUUUUCACCGACAAGUUCUCGCGCGUGGACCUGCGGUUUAACGACCUGCGCGGUCCGCUGUUCGACGCGCGCUGGGAUUCGCGGUCUCGGGUUUGGAGUCACGACUGGGAUGCGCUGCGCGUGAGCAACAACAGCGCGCGCAUGGCGGGCGCCGUGGGCGCGGGGUACCUCCCCGCGCCGGCGCCUGGCGUGCAGGCGUCCGCUGCGGAGACUGAGGCGCUGCUGGCGGUGCGCGAUGCGCUCCUGGGGGAAGCAGCGGUGGGAGCAGUGGGGGGAGCAGCGGGAGGAGCAGCGGGGGGAGCAGCGGGGGGAGCAGCGGGGAUAGCGGGGUUAGUGAACGGCGGAAACGGCUCGUGGGCGGAGAUACUGCGCAGCUGGGACGCGAGCAGCAGCAGUGCGUGUGCGUGGUACGGCGUGGGAUGCACAGCAGACGGACACGUGGACACAUUGCACCUGCUGGGCAAUACUUUCGCCUUCCUGCACCCCAACUUCGUUCCAGAAUUGCCCGAAUGCGAAUACGACCAGUACGGAGACAAGAGAUGCGGGCACGGCGUUCCGCCCCCCCGUGUGCGGUUCUUCCUGCGGGGCUUUCCUGGCGACAACUCGAGUGCGAGCGCGAGUGGGAGUCUGUCGGAGGCGGUGGGGCAGCUGACGCACCUCACCUCUCUACGCAUCUCCGGGCACGCUCUCUCCGGCGGCCUGCCGCCGUCCCUCUCGCGCCUCUCUCUCCUCGUCGCUCUCGACCUCUCCUCCAACCGCCACCUCUCCGGCUCCAUCCCCCCCGCCCUCUUCGCUCUCCCCUCGCUGCGAGAGCUCACCCUCCGCGGGAACAACCUCACGGGAGAAGUCCUCCCAUCCACCACUGCAGCAGAAGCAGCACCGUCGCUGUCGCUGAGCUUGGAGAUUCUAGACGUGGGGGGGAACGCUCUCUCGGGGUCCAUUCCAGCGCAGGUGAGUCUUCUCACGGGGCUGACGCGCCUGGCGCUGGACCACAACCGGCUGGACGGCAGCUUGCCAAGGGAGCUCGGCGCGCUCUGGAUGCUCACAGACCUGCACCUGCAGGGGAACGCCCUCCAGGGGGACGUCUCUGCACUCGCUGCUGCUGCUGCUGCUGCUGCUGCCAGCGAUGGCAGUACCGCCGACUCUGCUAUCUUGUGGGGUCUCCGCGGGGUGUUCCCGCUGCUGACGAGUCUGGACGUCAGCAGCAACGAGCUCUCGGGCGACGCAGCCACGCUCUCCCCUCUCCCGCAAUACUUCCACACACUCAACGUCUCUCACAACCGCCUCACGUGCAGCCCCGGCAAGGCCUCCUGGAACGCGUACUACAUGGACCUCUCACACAACCGCAUCAGCGCCCCGCUGCAAAGCUUGUUCCGGCUCUCUGACAGCCUCUGGUUGACGUUGCUGCGCCUAUCGCACAACCAGCUGUCGGGACCCAUCCCUGCCACUCUCCUGCAAAAGAAAUUUCUAGUAGAGUUGGACCUCUCCCACAACCUGCUCACGGGUUCAAUUCCUGCUAUCGUCAAUUUAUACUCCAUGAAGACGCUCGACCUGUCGCACAACCAGCUGUCCGGCACCAUUCCCGAACUGAAUGGCUCGCUGAUAACAUGUGACUUGUCCCACAACCGGCUCUCAGGGAAAGUCCCACCGGCGCCGCCUGCAAUGGAGCAUCUGAACGUGAGCUGGAACCAGCUUGGUGGGAUUGCCCGGUGGCAUGGUCUGGAGGGUAGGGGGUUGAACAGUCUGGACGCGUCUCACAAUGCUAUGGCUGGAAAUCUGCCGGCUUUGGGUUAUAUUUAUGGGGUCAUGAGCCUGACCUAUCUGGACCUCUCUUACAAUUCGUUCAAUGGCACUCUUGCGCAACAGACCUACCCGUUUUUGGAGCGAGCGACAGGCCCAGGAAAAGUGGAGCGUGCGUGCGGGGUGGAGGUUCGGCUGGGCCACAAUAAGCUCACUGGAAGCAUCUCCGAUUUCGUCUUCUCCUCGUGCCUCUCGCUGCUCGACCUCUCCCACAACCAGCUCUCUGGCCCCAUCCCAGACCCUCCCCAGGGGAGCAGCCAGAGCUCCUCCCUCGUACCCCUCUCCUACUUGGACCUCUCUUCCAACAAACUCACAGGAAGCAUCUCCAAUGCUCUUGUCACCGGCCUCACAGCCCUAUCCCACUUGGACCUCUCCGACAACCUGCUCUCAGGCUCGCUGCCCCGCUCGCUCGCUGCUCUCCCCCCCCUCACCCAUCUGGACCUCUCACGCAACAAGUUCAAAGGCUCCCUGCCUGCCUUCUGCCAGGGCAACCAGCGCCUCGCCUCUCUCCUCCUCUCCUCCAACGCUUUCUCCGGCCCCCUCUCCUCCCUCCUCCCCUCCUCCUCCUCCUCCUGCGCCUCCUCCCUCCUCUCCCUCAACGUCUCCACCAACCAGCUCUCCGGCUCGCUCCCCUCGUCCCUCUCGCGCUUCACCGCUCUGCACUCCUUGCUAGCGGCGCGCAACCGCAUGAGCGGCAGCAUCCCUGCAGGGCUGGCAUCGCUGACGGCCCUGCAGGAGCUGGAUGUGUCGUGGAGCGGGCUGUCAGGCACCAUCCCUGCUCUGCUGCGUGCUGCUGCCCCCUCCCUGCAAGUGCAACUUGCUGGCAACGCCCUCUCUGGCUCCGUCCCCCCCACUCUAUCCGACCUGCCAACCUCCUGCUUCCGCCCCGGCAACCCCAAGCUGUGUGGGAAACCCCUGCCUGACUGCAAGAAGAGAUCUUCCAAGACCAGGAAGGGCAGGAUGUAG